ACCUGGAUGAGAAGAGAGCUGAUUGGGGAAAAGGAUGCUGGGUACUUCUUUACUCUGACUUCAGUCCCUUCCCAUCUCCUAGAUCCCCCGGUGGUGACUCUGUCUGCUGAGCCCCAGACAGUGCCUGAGGGUGGGAAGGUCACUUUUCUGUGCAGAGCAACAGCCCAUCCCCCAGUCACUGGCUACAGGUGGGCAAAAGGGGGAUCUGUGCUUCCUGGAGCUCGGGGGCCUCUAUUGGAGGUGAAAGCUGAUGCUUCAUUCCUGACUGAAGCUGUGUCCUGCGAGGUGACCAACGCCGUGGGCAGCACCAACCGGAGCACAGCACUGGAUGUGCAGUUCGGCCCCCUCCUCCUCUCUCCACCUGAGCCCGUGGCAGUGGAUGUGGGGGAAGAUGCCUCUUUCACCUGCACCUGGAAGGGGAACCCGCCCCCCAGAGUGACCUGGACCCGUCACGGGGGAACGAAGGUCCUGGGCUCGGGGCCCACGUUGCGCCUGGCGGCUGUGGGGCCCGGGGAUGCAGGAAAUUACGAGUGUCGCGCGGAGCCAGGCCCCUCAGGCGUGGGGGGCGGCCUGGGGGAGGCAACGCUGACGGUGCACGGCCCCCCCGCAGUGACUGCCCUGCACUCGCCCCCGGCUGCCCUGGGAGCCCCGGCCCGGCUCGAGUGUUUGGUGCUGGGCUCUCCCGCGCCCGACGCCGUGGUCUGGUCCUGGGGCGAGGGCGCCCUGGCCUCGGGGGCGCGAGGCCGCUUCCUGGUGGAGACCUUCCCGGCCCCGGGGGCCCCGCGCGGUGGCCGCCGGGGCUUGGUCUCGGUGCUGCACAUCUCGGGGACGCGGGAACCGGACUUCCUCCGGGACUUCAACUGCAGCGCUCGCAACCGCCUGGGCGAGGCCGGGGCCCGGGCCGGCCUGACCCGCAGUGACCCGCUGGCCCUGGGGCGCAUCGCGGCCGGAGGGGCUGCGGCGGCCGCCGCCGUGCUGCUGCUGCUGCUGAUGGCGGGGGGCGCCCGCUGCUGCUGGCGCCGAGGCCGAGGUCCCCAGCAGCGAGUCCGCCGCCACUUCCCUCCCCCAGCAGAGCGACCUCGCGGGCGACGAGGAGGCGGGGCCUGAGUGCAAGGAUCCCACUAAUGGCUACUACAAGGUGCGAGGGGCGAGUGUGAGCCAGGACCCCGGCGCCGCCCUGUUCUCCUCUCCGGCAUCUCCCGCCUUCUCGGGCAGCCCUUCGGGCUUCUAUGACCCGACGCCUCCCCUGGCCUUAUUCCCCCCAGACCUGGGCGGGCUCUACAGGCCUCGGGAGGGCUACCUCCCCACCCCAUGCGGCUGCGCU